AUGGCUUUUGCCAAAGAUUAUGACAAUAUUACUUUCGACGGUCUCGGGAUCUCUGUUUUCGAUGCAAAAAAGGAAAUUUUAACUGCAAAAAAAUUGAAAGGAAAUGACUUUGAUAUUGUGGUUACCCAUGCUGAAUCUGGAGAAGAUUACCAAGAAGACACUGCAAUAAUACCUAGAAAUACACCUAUAGUGGUUCGGCGAGUACCCACUAAGCCUGGGAAAGGGACUGCGCACCGUUAUUUAGAGGGAGUACCAGCAGUCUCACGCAAUGCAGCGGCCGGAAAUCGAGUUAAUUAUGGAAAUACUAAUGGAUCAAUGUCAAAGACUUUCGACUCGUCCAAGCAACAACAACAAAUGCAGGUUUCACGACCUUCCCCUAUUCCGACCAUAACUCUCAGCUCUGGUGAAGAACAAACGGAAGAAGAUAAAAUUGCAGCUAUGUUUGCACAAUCAUCAGAAUUUUGGGAAAAAACACAGGAACAGAUGGCUUCAAAACCGGCACUUCGAAGGCCAAAUCAACCUCGUCCUCAAGUGAAGCAACAAAUUCAAAAGGCUCUUCCACCAAAUUAUGUCUGUUAUAGAUGCGGGCAAAAAGGACAUUGGAUCCAAGCAUGUCCGACAAAUGGUGAUAGAUCGUUCGAUCACAUGAAAGUUAGAAAGACGACGGGAAUACCUAGGAGUUUCUUGCAAAAAGUUGAACAAGUGCCUCCCGGAGGUAAAGGAGUACUUGUCACACAGGAUGGGAAUUUGGUUAUUGCGCAAGCAAAUGAGGCUGCUUGGCAAAAAUUUCAUGCUCGUCAAAAAUCAUAUGUGACUACUAAUGAAGUACUUGAAGAAACGCUUCCGGUGCCUCCCGAACUCCAAUGCAUGAUAUGUGCCCGACUUCUUAGAGAAGCGGUUAUAACGCCGUGUUGUCAGGCCUCAUUUUGUGAUGAAUGUAUUCGAAACGCAUUAAUCAGUACCGAACAAGAAGAUCAGCAGUUCAAGUGUCCAAAUUGUCAAACUCAAUUAUCACCUGAUGGCUUAUUACCUGACAAAGCAACUAGAGAAGCUGUGAACAAUCAUUUAAGAGAUUGGGCAAGACGUAGAAAUGAACAGAUUGUACCUGAGGGUAAUAGUGAAGAGGAAGUUGUUAAUAACAAUGAUAUUGAUAUGGAUAAUGUGGUUGUUGACGAGGAUACGAUAGAAGCUUCAACAUCGUCUGAUACUUUAGUAAUGGAAAAGGAUCAACAACCAAUAACAACGGAUCUCAUAGAUCAUGAACAACCUCCAAAAGUGAAGACUGAGCCGGUUGUUGUUAAAGUCGAAUUGCCCAAAAAACCAAUUCAUGAACUUCCGCAAAUACCUCCACCGCAACAAUCAACUCUUUCACAGCAAUCUCAGUUACCACAAGUGCCAUCUCAACAAUCUCAACAAUCAUCACAGUUUCAACAAUCACAACAGCAAUUACAACGUCAGCAGCAUCAAUUUUCGAAUGCCAACGGAAAAACGUUUCCACAGCAAAAUCCUUCGGCCGCCCAACAAGCAACGUACGGACAAUUUGGAUAUUACAAUGAUUACGGAUUUGGUUAUGAUCAAGGAUACUGGUAUGAUGAUGCCGGAUAUCCUCAGAUGGGUAUGAAUAUGAUGAAUGCGCCGGGAGGUUAUUACGAUCCAUCAUAUUUUGAAUCCGGAUUUUACCCUGCAGAUCAUUUCCCGGCACCACAACAAUUCAUGCCACCAUUUAGACCACCAGUUUAUGAUGAUUUUUGGGAUAAUAGGCCAAUGAUUCCACCACAAGGUAAUUUCACCCCAUUUGGGAAUAACGUGGGCGGUGGUAUGGGCGGUACUGCUAUACAACCUUUCAGAGGUGGAGGUUUUCGUGGCGGAUUUGCGCAACGUGGGGGUAAUUUUCAAAACCGUGGCCGAGGAGGUGGAGGUGGAGGCCGUGGAAGAAGUACAAGUUAUUUCUACGAGCAGCGACCAUUUAAUAGCGGACACGGAAGUAGUAGUAAUGAUUUUAGAAGAGAAUCAAGCAUGAGCCCUUCGGUGGGUAGGAGAGAAGCGUCCGAAAGGCCAGAAUACCGAGAAGGCGAACAAAAGUAUGAAGAAGUGGAUGAUUUUGGACGUGAUUUGGCACGUCGAAAAUCGUUAACGUCACCAGAUAAGGAUAGUCGUGAAAAGCUAACUCCUCCUCUUUUACCUGAUCCCGAUCACCAUCGAAGCAUGAUCAUCGUAUACUGUUCGAUGAUCGAAGAAAGAAUUCGACAUCGUCUAGACGUAGUCGUGACGGAUUUAUGGAAAGAAAAGAGGAUCGAAGAUAUGGUGAUGAACGACGCGUUUCGGAUGAUCGACGAUACUAUGAUGAUCGACGAUAUUCCAUACCCGAUAGGAGAGAUGAAAGGCGUGAAUCAAUUUCGGACAGGAGAAGCGAUAGAGAUAGAGACAAUAGACGUGAUGACCGUCGUGAUUCAUACAAUAGUUCACGUUAUGAAAGUAGACGUGAAUCAAUUGGAAAAAGCUCGAACCCCUUCGCCCAAUAAUAUGAUGAAUUAUGAAAACGAUAAUGAAAAUGGCGAAAACUUGUAUCAAAGUCCACGUGAUGACUUUGACGUGGAAAUGCAUGAGAAAAAUGAUCAAUCAGAACCGACGAUAGUACAACAAAACUAUGAAGAUAAUGAAAGACAAUCCCGAUCGGACUCACCAAAACCCAUAAUAGAUACUGAAGAAUUUCAGGUUUCUUCAACAAAGGAUGAUAGGCCUACUACACCUCCUUCACCUGACAAAUUUCUAGAUAAACGUCGACAUUCUUCAUCCCACAAACAUCGAAGUAAUAAAUAUCACAGAUCAUCACAUCAUCGACACGAGUCAUUAGAUAAAGAAGACAAUGAUAGAAAUUCAACCUCCAAAUCUCGUCAUAAUCCUUACCCCAAAGAUGAUUAUCAUCGAAGUGGAAAUCGAAAACAUAAAAAACAUCAUUCUUCACGUCAUCAUAGUAAUCGUCAUCGUAAUAGUAGAUCUAAAGAUGGUGAAACAAUUAGGCGGAGACAUUAUAGCAGAGAUAGGGAUGAACGGAGAUGA